GAAUGUAUACUCAACUCCAAAACAAAACAUUUCCUGAUUUUAGCAGCCGAGACGACGCACUGUCAAACCAGGCUCCAAGCAACAAGGAAAAAUGUCCUCCCUUGUACUCCUCCUGACGAUCCCCUUGGGCCUGAACCUCGCAGCCUUGAUCACCACCGCCAACGACCAAUUCAUCUACUCCGGAUUCAGUGGCUCGAACCUCGCCGUCGACGACACCGCCACCGUCACGCCAGACGGGCUCCUGGAGCUGACAAACGGCACGGCGUACCAGAAAGGCCACGCGUUCCACCCGGCCCCGUUCCGCCUCCGCGACUCCACGGCCAGCGGCAAUGGCAAGGUGCGGUCCUUCUCCGUCGCCUUCGUGUUCGGCAUCGUCUCCGUCUACCCCGACUUCAGCGCCCACGGCAUGGCCUUCGUCAUGGCUCCGCGGAGGAACUUCUCCGAUGCUCUUCCUGCCAAGUACCUGGGCCUCACCAACGUCCACAACGAUGGCAACGCCAGCAACAACAUCUUCGCCGUGGAGCUGGACACCAUCCAGAGCGUGGAGUUCAAGGACAUCAACGCCAACCACGUCGGCAUCGACAUCAACGGCCUGCAGUCCCUGCGGUCAUACAACGCCGGCUACUACGAUGACAAGAGCGGCGAGUUCCGAAGCAUGAAACUCAUCAGCCGCGAGGCCAUGCAAGUGUGGAUCGAUUACCACGGGGAGAGGAAGGAGAUCAACGUGACACUGGCCCCCUUCGACAUGGCCAAGCCUGCUAGGCCGCUCCUCUCAGCCAGCUACGACCUCUCCACGGUGCUCACUGAGCUGGUGUAUCUCGGGUUCUCAGCGGCGACAGGCCGUGUGAAUUCGCGGCAUUUCGUUCUUGGUUGGAGCUUGGGCGUGAGCACAGAAGCUCCGGCCAUCGACAUGGCCAAGCUGCCCAAGUUACCUCGGGUUGGCCCGAAGCCUCGGUCCAAGGUCUUCGACAUCGUUCUACCAAUAGUGACGGCAACAUUUGUACUUGGGUUGGGUGGUAUCAUUAUCCUGGUCAUGCGGAGGAGAUCAAGGUACACUGAGUUGCGGGAAGAUUGGGAGGUCGAGUUCGGGCCACACCGCUUCUUGUACAAGGAUUUAUUCCGUGCAACCGAGGGAUUUAAGGACAAGCAUCUGCUUGGCGCAGGGGGGUUUGGAAGGGUAUACAGAGGUGUGCUUGAGACAUCUAAGCUGGAGGUUGCAGUGAAGAGGGUGUCCCACGAGUCAAGACAGGGGAUGAGAGAGUUCAUAGCUGAGAUUACAAGCAUCGGCCGCAUCCGACAUCGCAAUCUUGUGGAGCUGCUCGGUUAUUGCCGUCGAAAGGGUGAACUCCUUUUGGUGUACGCCUACAUGCCCAACGGAAGCCUGGAUAAACAUCUAUAUAACACUAGGGAGGGCCAGCCUACUCUGAACUGGGCUCUCAGGUUUCAGAUCGUCAAUGAUGUCGCGUCCGGCUUGCUUUACCUGCAUCAGAGGUGGGAGAAAGUGGUCAUCCACAGAGACAUCAAGGCCAGCAACGUGCUCCUGGACAAAGACAUGAACGGCCAGCUUGGUGACUUCGGGCUAGCGAGGCUGUACGACCAUGGGGCAGACUCGCAAACCACGCACGUGGUCGGCACCAUGGGCUACUUGGCUCCGGAGCUGAUACGCACGGGCAGGGUGUCCCCUCUGACCGACAUGUUCGCCUUCGGCAUAUUCCUUCUUGAGGUUGCAUGCGGGCAGAAACCCAUCAAGGAGAAUGCGCAGGGCGGACAGAUAGCGCUGGUGGACUGGGUGCUGGAGCAUUGGCGUGAUGGUACGCUCAUGGAGACGGUGGACGCGAGGCUCCAGGGCGGGUUCGACAUCCACCAAGCAGGGCUGGUGCUCACGCUAGGGCUCAUGUGCUCACACCCUCUCGCUAGCGCGAGGCCUGCCAUUGGACAGGUCAUGCGCUAUCUCGCAGGUGUUACGCCGCUCCCUGAGCUCACACCAACAGACGUGCUCACCUUGAUGCAAAACAAGGGGUUUGACGAAUCCGCCAUGUCGUAUCCGGAUCUGGUGUCGAGCUUUGGCACAAUUUCCACCCUCUCAGGAGGAAGAUAACUUCAGGGCUAGUAGUUUAAUUCACGGCUUUUACAAGUUUUAUUACUACUGUAUUAUGCAUGUGUAGUGCCACAAGUUAAUUAGUACAACUGUAAACCCAAUAAUUAUCCUUUGGCCGCAAUACACUUUCAAAUUACCUUGGCCAACAUGCAGGAAA